UGGUUCCAGUCAGGCAUAAACUUCCUCGCUGUGAAACCCAGCAACCUCGUUGCGUGGGAGAUCAAACAGGAAAUGGCACCGGGAAGCAGUUCGUUGGCAGUGAUUUGUCAGAGAAAGGCCUCCUCCACAGCUGAGAGAUUGGCAAGUCCUUCAUAUGAAGUAAUGCAGCUGGAAUUUGAGGUUGAUAACGUGAUUAAUCUGGUGCCAACCCAGACUCUACACUGGACUGUGGAAUACCCUGCUAACACACAGACAGCUUCGAAGCAAACAGAGAAAGUCUCCCACCUGUACAUUAGCAAUGCUGACAUCCAGGGCAUUGUUCCUCUGGCAGAGGACACAGAGGUGUUGAAUACGGCCAUUCUUACAGGUAGACGGGUAGCAAUGCCCAUUAAAUUGGUUACAGUGGAAACAGAUGGACAGGUGAGGGAAGUAGACGACUCGGUCACCUGCAGCUCAACAGAUGUGGAUGUGGUGAAGGUUUCUUCAAGGUGUGACCAGGUUUUGGUCAACGGCAAGGAAAUGCGAGGUAGACAGUCCUUGGCAGUCAACUUUACCUACCUCCACCUGUCUGCUCAGCUGCUGCUCACUGUGUGGGUUCCAAAGCUACCUCUGCAGAUAGAUGUGUCAGAUACCGAGCUGAGCCAGGUCAAAGGCUGGAGGGUGCCGAUCACCACCAACAAGAGACCCACCAGAGACAGUGAGGAUGAUGAAGAUGAUGACAAAAAGGGUAAAGGCUGCACCCUACAGUACCAGUACGCUGUGGUGCGAGUCCUCACUCAUUUUGUUGCUGAAGUCUCUGAACCUGGAGGUGAGAUGGUCUACAUGUUGGGUACCGAUUGGCAAGCUGAUAUCACUCCUUUGGUAUUGGACCAGUUGAAGGUAGAAGAUCCUCGCAUUGCCAGGCUUGUAGAUGGGCAUAUUUUAAUUGGACGGGAUCUAGGUAUCACCACUAUACAAGUAUUGUCCCCUCUGUCCGAUUCCAUCCUGGCAGAGAAGACUGUGACAGUACUAGAUGACAAGGUAACAAUAACAGACCUAGGAGUCCAGCUAGUUGCAUCGUUGUCUCUCAGCAUGACUGCAAGUCCUGGAAAUUACCAAGCUAUACAGCUAACAACUACAGCUACAGACCUGCUUCACACACCUAAACAGGAAGCUGUAGUAAGUGCAUGGAUUCAUUACAGUGAUGGUUCAGUGACACCCCUGGAUAUCUAUGAUCCCAAAGACUUCCUCCUCUCAGCUAUCUCACUGGAUGAGAACGUCAUAUCUGUGACCAAUCAGGAGCAGCACUGGCCAAUUAUAGUAGCUGAGGGUGAUGGACAAGGCCCACUGUUUCGUGUGGAGAUGGUCAUUUCUGAGACUUGCCAGAAGUCUAAGAGGAAGAGUGUGCUGGCAUCUGGAGUUGGUAAUGUGGUAGUCAAAUUUGGAGCUAACAGCGAUGAGAGAGGUGGACCAGAGGAUGGUGGAGGUUUGGAAAACAGCACCAGCGAGCAAAGAACCAAUAUUGGAGGGGAAUGGAAUUCCAAGAGUGUGGCUGCGGACCGAGAGGAAGGAGCUAUGAGGAAGGUUAGCACAACGACAAAGAGCACAGUUACACAACGUGCUUUAGGUGGCAGAGCUGCCAGUGGUGGCAACAGCGGCCAGGGAGGUUCAAGUCAAGCAAAUGGCUAUAGCAAGAACCCUGUACAGGUCGAGGUUCCAGGAACUGGGAACGGGGAGCUGACACAGACUACGAGAGGCCUGUCAGACCUCGAGAUUGGGAUGUAUGCUCUUCUGGGAGUAUUCUGUCUGGCAAUAUUGGUCUUCCUCAUCAACUGUGUCAGCUUCGCAUUCAGGUAUCGUCACAAGCAGGUGCCAGUACUAGAAGCAGGUGGUAACAUGAACCAUGCCCAUGACUGGGUGUGGCUUGGUACCGAGGCUGACCUGUUAGCUGACCAUACAGACCAAUGCCAAGGGUUACCUGAUGAAUGUACAACCAUCAUUGACAGAAAUGAAGGAGGAUAUGAGGAGAGCAAGUACCUUCUGAAUGGUGCUGGAAACACUUUGGUGAUGAGUUUAGGCACUGGCAUGGGCACAAAAAGUGCGGGUGGCGGCACAGGGGGACUUCGGGGGAUGACCCAUGGACAGACCCUGCCACGGUCCGUUGCAGAGCCACAUCAGUGCCUUUCUGCAAUUACUACUGGUGGCAAAGAUGCCACUGGGCAAACAGAGCAUCUCAAUAAUUCUCCCCGAGCUGCGGCUGCAGCCGCAGUUGCUGUUGCCAAGCGCAAAAGAGUUAAAUUCACAUCCUUUGCCACUGUUUUGCCCAACGAUAAUUCUGGUGGUGGUGGCCCGUAUGUUAAUUCCUCAGUUCUUGUCACAAAUGGGAAUGAGGAUGACAUAAAGUGGGUGUGCCAGGAUAUGGACCUGGGUCAGUCUGAAAUCAGAACCUACAUGGAGAGGCUACAAGACAAUCUGUGA